CGCGCGGAGCGGCUGAGUGAACCAGGUCACCCUCGCGCGCAAAUACAGGAACGAAGCUAAUUAUAGGAAUAUUAUUAUUAUUAAUAAUAAGUAAUCAUGAAGGUUUUGAGUAUAGACAGCCGCCAUUUAAAGAAAAUCCUGCGCAAGGAGAGCGGGAAGUGUUUAAUCCUGGACUGUAGACCGUACCUGGCGUUCGCCAGCUCGAGCGUGCGCGGUUCGGUGAACGUGAACCUGAACUCGGUGGUGGUGCGCAGGUCGCGCGGAGCUCCGGUGCCGCUGCGGUUCGUGGUACCGGACGAAGAGGCGCUGUUCCGGCUGCGGGAGGGCGGCGUGUCGGUGGUGGUGGCGCUGGAUGAAGGCACGCCGCAUCUCCACAAGCUGAAGAAGGACAGCGUGGCUCGCCUCGCCAUCCACAGCCUCGCGCACCUCACCAGCUGUGCCAACAUCUGCUUCCUAAAGGGAGGCUACGAGAGCUUCCACGCGCACUACCCCGAGCUGUGCACCGAGGCCAAGCCGCCUCAGGACCGCAGCGCGCCGGACACGGCGGAAGUGCAGCCCGGGGCCGAUUACACUCAGGAUGGUCCAGUGGAGUUGUUGCCCUUCCUGUACCUGGGCAGUGCUCACCAUGCACGUCGACACGACUGCUUGAAUGAGCUGCGCAUCACGGCACUGUUGAACGUGUCACGGCGGGACUGGCAGUGCGCCGGUGGGCCACAACGCUACAAACGCAUUGCUAUAGAGGACAGUCACACAGCCGAUAUCGGCUCACACUUCCAGGAGGCCAUUGACUUCAUUGACGAGGUGAAGCAAGAAGGCGGAAAGGUGCUGGUGCACUGUGAGGCGGGCAUUUCGCGCUCACCCACCAUCUGCAUGGCGUACCUGAUGAAGACGCAGAGGCUGCGCCUGGAGGAGGCGUUCGACGCAGUGAGGCAGCGGCGUGCCGUCGUCUCCCCCAACUUCAGCUUCAUGGGGCAGCUGCUGCAGUUUGAGAACGAGGUUCUGGCGUCAGCGACAGACAGCAAUAUCGAAAACGACGAUGACGAACACAAGAGUGACGAGUUCACGAUUGAUAAGAGCUUCGAGUCAUCCGUUUUCUCCUUCCCUACCUCCUUCCUGUCGCCCAUCAAACUCGGUCCCAUCUCCUCCCUGACUACUUGAAAUAGAAAGGAACAAAAAAGACAUCGCGUAGUGUGGCGAAGGAGAAAUUAAGACUGUUUGUUUGGACGCAACCUCCUCGACGAAAUAUUCUGGUCAGGAGAUCAAACUUGGCAGCAAAAAAACCCCAAACCCUACAAUGUAGCUGAAAUAAUAUUUUAAGAACUUUGCCAACAGUCCUUUCAGCUUGCUGAAUAACCAAGCAUGGUGACUUAACAUUUUGACUAGUUAUCAUGCUAGAUGAUUUGCUACCAACAGUACCAGUCACACGUUUGGACAUAUUUUACUCAUUCGUAGUGAUCCUGAAUUUCCCCUCGUGGGGAUCAAUAAAGGAAUAUCUUUUAUCUUAAUGAGAAUAAUUCAUAGUAAUAAGUGUGUCCAAACAUUUUGACUGGUCCUGUAUAUGGAGUGGUAAUUAGCUACUUUGCUAAUUAGCUAGCGGAAUAAAGGUUUGGUCCAUAAACAUGAACAGAGCAAAUGCAUUUAAACAAUACGUGCACAAUUUUUGUUUUGAAAAGGAAAUUGUAAUCAGAUUGUGAAGCUUUCUGGGUAAAUUUCCUCCUGAAGUGUGCACUGAUGAACACUCGAUCUCUCUGCCCUCCAAGGGCUCAGCUAACGAACUUUUAUUUAAUCUAAUAAAGCACUGGAGAGGCUGUUAGGAUGGCAGCAGGGAUUCGGUGGUGAAUGGAAGUCGAGCAGUACUCGACGUCUGAUCGUGUUUAAAAGACUGCAUGGAAGUGAGUGUUUUGGUGUUUGCCUUAGAACACACUGCAAUACAAGCCUUAGUUUCAUGAUCGUCCAUGCCUACUUGUGACCCACUCUAAGGCUUUUCAUAUUAAUUUAUUGAAUUUUUUUUUAUUGUUUUCUUUUUUUUAUCAGGAGUGAAUCUGUUAAUAAAUGUUUUGUACAUAGAAGUG